ACGCGCUGACGCGCGAGGCCGGGCGGGGCGGGCGGUCACGUGGGGCGGCCGCCGCCGUUGCCGCCGUUGCCGGUGCCGCGCGCGCUUCCCCCCCCCCCCCCCCGCCGGCUCCCCCUCCCGUUGCGUUCUCCCCCCCCCUCAGCGCCAGCCCCCCCCCCCCCACACAGCCUCCCCCUCACAGCCUCCCGCCCUUCCUCCUCCUCCUCCUCCUCCUCGCCGCCUGCCUCCGCCGCCGCAGCCGCCGCCCUUGAUGUGGUGCGGGGCCGGCCGGGGGACAAGAUGCCGCCGUCCAAGUCCCGCAAGAUCGCGAUCCUGGGCUACCGGAGCGUGGGAAAAUCUUCACUGACGAUUCAGUUUGUGGAAGGGCAGUUCGUUGAUUCAUAUGAUCCAACCAUAGAGAACACUUUUACAAAAUUGAUCACAGUAAAUGGCCAAGAAUAUCAUCUUCAGCUGGUUGACACUGCUGGCCAAGAUGAAUACUCCAUAUUUCCUCAGACGUACUCCAUAGACAUCAAUGGCUACAUUCUUGUUUAUUCAGUCACGUCAAUAAAAAGUUUUGAAGUGAUAAAAGUUAUCCAUGGCAAGUUAUUGGAUAUGGUGGGAAAAGUCCAAAUACCCAUUAUGCUGGUUGGAAAUAAAAAAGACCUGCAUAUGGAACGGGUGAUCAGCUAUGAAGAAGGGAAAGCUUUAGCAGAAUCCUGGAAUGCAGCUUUCUUGGAAUCUUCUGCUAAAGAAAAUCAGACUGCCGUUGAUGUUUUUAAGAGGAUAAUUUUGGAGGCAGAAAAAAUUGAUGGGGCAGCUUCACAAGGGAAGUCUUCAUGCUCAGUAAUGUAAUUCCACUGCAAAAUCUGAAAACACUGGGAAUACAUUCUACCUGAAGAAGCAAAACUGCCCGUUAUCUUUAAGGAUAAACUAUGCUUCUUUUUUUUUAAUUUUAUUUUUAUUUUUUUCUUCUGUUAACCUGAAAGAUAAACAGUUGGUUUGGAGCCUUUCCCUUCAGAUUAUGUUAAACUCUGACUCCUGUGCAAAUGGCUUCACUUCCAUUUUCAAAUUUUAAGCAAUCAUAUUUUCAAUUUAUAUAUUGUAUUUCUUAAUAUUAUGACCAAGAAUUUUACUGGCAUUAAUUUUUCAGUGUAGUUUGUUGGUUAGAAUAAUCAUCAAAAAUGAUGCAUAUUGUUACACUACUAUUAACUAGGCUUGGAUAUCAGUGUUUCUUUGUGUUAAAUGUAUACUUGUAAAUAAAAUAGCUGCAAACCUUAA